UGGGGCGAUCUUGACGCCUCAAGAGCCGAUCGUAAGCGGAAAGGCGAGAAGACCAACAACCACGAUUUUCCAAUGGGUUUCCAUUGAAGUUCCGUAGCCAUUUGGCUCAAGGUUCGACUCGUGGCCCAAGUUUGGAUCUGUGCACCCGCCCGUCGUGUGCGUCCGACCGCUUGUUACACCUCGCAGCCAUGGGCGAGGAGGAGGUCGCCGCCUUGGUCGUGGACAAUGGUAGCGGCAUGUGCAAGGCCGGCUUCGCGGGCGACGACGCGCCGCGCGCCGUGUUCCCCUCCAUCGUCGGCCGCCCGAAGAUGCCGGGCAUCAUGGUCGGCAUGGACCAGAAGGACAGCUAUGUUGGCGACGAGGCCCAGAGCAAGCGCGGCGUCCUCACCCUGAAGUACCCCAUCGAGCACGGCAUCGUGACCAAUUGGGACGACAUGGAGAAGAUUUGGCACCACACCUUCUACAACGAGCUCCGAGUGGCCCCAGAGGAGCACCCGGUGCUCCUCACGGAGGCUCCCCUAAACCCCAAGGCGAACCGCGAGCGCAUGACGCAGAUCAUGUUCGAGACAUUCAACGUGCCUGCGAUGUACGUCGCGAUCCAGGCAGUGCUCUCGCUCUACGCCUCCGGCCGCACCACUGGGAUCGUCAUGGAUUCUGGCGACGGCGUGUCGCACACCGUCCCCAUCUACGAGGGCUAUGCGCUGCCGCACGCGAUCCUGCGUCUGGACCUGGCAGGGCGAGAUCUCACGGAGUACCUGAUGAAGAUCCUCACCGAGCGGGGCUACUCCUUCACCACCACAGCCGAGCGGGAGAUCGUGCGUGACGUCAAGGAGAAGCUCUGCUACAUCGCGCUUGACUUCGACACCGAGAUGAAGGCCGCUACGGAGAGCUCCGACAAGGAGAAGACGUACGAACUUCCCGACGGAAACAUCAUCACUGUGGGCAGCGAGCGUUUCCGUUGCCCCGAGGUGCUCUUCCAGCCUAGCUUCGUUGGCAAGGAAGCUAGCGGCAUCCACGACACCACCUUCCAGUCGAUCAUGAAGUGUGACGUCGACAUCCGCAAGGAUCUGUACGCCAACGUUGUCCUGUCCGGUGGCACGACAAUGUUCCCGGGCAUCGGCGAGCGCAUGACCAAGGAGCUGACGGCGCUGGCGCCCUCCACGAUGAAGAUCAAGGUCGUGGCUCCGCCCGAGCGCAAGUACUCAGUGUGGAUCGGUGGGUCCAUCCUUUCCUCGCUGAGUACCUUCCAGCAGAUGUGGAUCUCCAAGGGCGAGUAUGACGAGUCGGGCCCCACCAUUGUGCACAGAAAAUGCUUCUGAAGGUUGGUCCUCAAGAGGUUUUGAUAGCCAGCCAAGCUCGAAUCGCCAGGCGUGUUGGAUGGAGGUUGUCAGCUUGCCUUACGCUCCAAGGUUCACACUGGCGCUGACGGCGCGAAUUCGCAGUGGCUGCACAGGCGGUCAGACGGAUGCAAAGACAGCUGCGGAGGUCUUUGGUCUCCAGAGCUGUUUUUCCAGUCGCGUUUGCGCGGGUCGUAUUCUUGGUUCGCAGGCCCUUUUCCUUAGAGUCUGCCCCAGGGGGCACAAAUUACACGGCACCCGAGUUGGACGCCACCAGCGGAGAAAAAAAAAUGGGUUCCCAUGGAAUAUCGAUUAUUUGGGCCUUCCUCGGCCAGCCUUGGGCCUCUGUGGGCCUCGGCUUGCGCCUCUCUGGAGCCAUCCUGGGGCUAUCUUGACGCCUCCCGAGCCGACCGGAAGCGAAAAGGCGAG